UACCAGGAAUCCGUUAGUCAACACUUCAUGUCUCAGUCUGGGUGAGCUCCUCAGUGUGAGAGACAGGACCCACAUUUGAUCACGCCCACUAGCUGUCCUCCGUCUCGGAUCCUGUGGGAUACAUACUGAUAGACCACACUCACUCAGAUUCAGAUAUCUGUAGUAACUCAGGGGGGUGGGAGGGGUGUCUGUUGGCGUACGGACCGAGCUCGAAUCAUGAUGAAUUGUUUGAAGAAUAUGGUGCCGUUGAAAACCAAGGCGUACAUUAAGGACUACUGCAAGAGGAACGGCCUGCUGACACUCUCCGUUUUUGCUGUAGUGAUGGGCUGUGUGCUUGGAUUUGUCCUCAGGUCCCUCAACCUCUCAACACAGGCUAAGAUCUACUUCUCCUUCCCUGGAGAGCUGCUGAUGAGGAUGUUAAAGAUGUUGAUUCUGCCGCUCAUCACCUCCAGUCUCAUGUCCGGCCUGUCAGCCAUGGACACAAGGGCAAGCGGUCGGCUGGGAGUCCUGACCAUCACCUACUACCUGUGGACCACCUUCAUCGCUGUCAUCGUCGGCAUCGUGCUGGUGCUCAUCAUUCACCCAGGGACGGGCUCAGAGAAAGAAGGCCACCAUACGGGUUCAGGGCCUGUUAUGACCUCCGCUGACGCUCUGCUGGACCUCAUCAGGAACAUGAUCCCGUCAAAUCUAAUUGAAGCAACCUUUCAGCAGUACCGAACAGACCUGGUCCCGAUUAUACAGAACUCUGAUGUGAAAGACUCUCAGGCCAACUAUGUGUAUAUCAUGCCCGACUACCACAACCCUCAGCUGGGCCACCCAGUCUUCCUGGAGAUCACCCCUGCUCCCGACAUCAAGUAUAAAAUCGUCCCCAGCACCAGCAAGGGCAUGAACGUACUGGGGAUUGUCAUCUUCUCCGCCACAAUGGGCCUGCUGCUGGGAAAGAUGGGAGAACGCGGGGCGCCAUUAGUGAACGUGUGCCAGUGCAUCAACGAGUGCGUCAUGAAGAUUAUUAACGCUGCCAUGUGGUACUUCCCCUUUGGAAUUGUGUUCCUGGUGGCAGGGAAGAUCCUGGACAUGCACGACCCGGCCCACCUGGGAGAGAAGCUGGGCAUGUACUUCAUCACGGUCCUGUCUGGUUUGUUUGUGCAUGGCCUCAUCCUGCUGCCUCUCUUCUACUUCUUCUUCACUCGCAAAAACCCCUUCACCUACAUCAGAGGGCUGCUGCAGGCUCUUGUCAUUGCACUGGCCACAUCCUCCAGCUCAGCCACAUUGCCCAUCACUAUGAAGUGUCUCUUGGAGAACUGUGGAGUGGACCGGAAGAUCGCUCGCUUCGUGCUGCCAGUGGGAGCUACCAUCAACAUGGACGGGACUGCUCUGUACGAGGCAGUGGCGGCCAUCUUUAUUGCUCAGGUCAAUGAGUAUGACUUGGACUUUGGCCAGCUGGUCACUAUUAGUAUAACGGCCACAGCAGCCAGCAUCGGGGCAGCAGGGAUACCUCAGGCGGGUCUGGUUACCAUGGUGAUUGUUCUGACCUCUGUGGGGUUGCCGCCUGCUGACAUCUCACUGAUUGUGGCCAUAGAUUGGGUUCUUGACCGGUUCCGGACGAUGAUCAACGUUCUUGGUGAUGCCUUAGCUGCUGGGAUUAUGGCUCAUUUAUGUCAAAAGGAAUUUGAGAGACCACCCUCUAAUGGUCCAACUCCUACCCCUUCUAAUGCAGAAAACGGAGGUGGCCCCAAUCGGAGAGAUACAGUGAUCUCCUUUGGUAAUCAGAGCAUGGCGAUGUCCGAUGCUCCUCUGAUCACACACCGCUGCGAUUAUGUGUAUGAGGUGGAUGGAGACAACGUGCUGGAGAAACCUGUGGCAUGCUACAACCUCUGCCAAGUAUGAGACACUUCUACAGGCGGAGAGCAAGGGAUACUGCCUUCUACAGCACAUAUAUUCACCUUUUUGGAUCAAAGGGACCAUCCUCUGAGGCCAGAACUAAUCCAGUGUGGAUGAAAUGGUGUUCUAAAUGAGACCAAGCGGUUUAAAUGGAUUUCGCCUGUGCCAAGCCGAAAACAAAGAUCUUCAUUACUUGAAGUACAGUAUGUCUCCAUUCACUUUUUGACUGUGAGAAAUUGCACAAGUUUCACAUGUAACCUAAGUAUUAGACCGCACUUGCAGACAUGAUAAUGUGUUGCAAUGACACGCAUUAGAUGGAGAUUAGCGUUUAUCAGUCAGCUGUGACACAUAGACAUUCCCGGUAGGCCCGUCCUAAUGAAGUUUAAUCAAGGUUUUGUGUUGCCUUAACAUGACCUCAGUAUUGACUAUAAUUCUGAGAACGUGAAAGACUUGAAAUUUAAAAAAAACUGAUUGACAAGGAGCACAUUUAUUUUGUUAAAGUGAACUUUUAUGUUAGACAAGGCCUUUUUGUGGAUAGAUAUUGAUAUUAAAGCAACAUUAAAGCUGGGGGAGGCUCUUUAUUUUUGCGUCAUUUGGCUAAAAGGUCACAAUAAUCUUUUAGGAUAUUGUAAUUCAAGUGGUCUGAGAGAAAACUCGACUUCCAAAUCUCUUCUUGGAUCUGUAGUCGGGCUUCAAUAAAUCUACCCAUGACGGGAGACUUUGGCCAACCACAAAUCAUUUCAGAGAG